AUGGAGGACGAGAUUGCGAGAUUGCGACAGGCUCUUGAAUAUGAGCGGCGCCUCCGCGAAGAAGCCGAGAGCCGUGCGUCGGAGGAGCAACGCCGUCGCAAAAAAGCAGAAGAGGUCGCGGAAAAAUCACGGCCACUGCGACUGGAGCCUUAUCUUGAGGCUUGUCACACUCUCAAUCUUGCCAUCGAGGUACACCAGCUAGACUAUGUGCUUUCUCUCAUCACACCCAUCAAUAGCGAACACGGUCUCCGGUACUACGAGCGCGACACUGUUAAGAAUGUAGUACAAAAGCUGGUUGAUGCGGUAUACGAAAACCCGGUGCUUAGAGCUAGUAUUGGCCUGCGUAGAACCAUCACAUUCGAGAGUCAUACAAAUCUCGGCACCAUGGAUAGUAGUCCCUCCGAACAUCCAGAGCGCACGCCUCUCUCCGCGGGCAGUGCUGGGGAGCCAGCGCUUGCAACGUCCGCAGCGGUCCGUAAACGCCGCCGUAUUGCGAGAGGGAAGGGCAAUCGGGCAGACCAGUUCUGUAUAUACAAAACGUCAGAUGGCGCAAAGGUCCCCGCGAUAGCAAUCGAGUACAAAGCGCCGUACAAGCUGAGCCGGGAAGAGUUAGUCAUAGGCCUAGUCUCCGAAAUCCAACCGGAGCGAGACGUGAUAAACAAGGAUGGCGAUGGCUUCGCAUUCGCAGCGAAGCGGCUUGCUACUGCUAUUUACGGGUACGUCUGUACUGGGGAGGCCUUCGUCUUCUUGCACAUCCCGGAUGACCUAGCCAUGGUCUACUAUCACUUGUACAUACCGAAUCAGGAUGUUCUUAAUGACGACAAGAACAGGCUUCACCGUACGGCCGUCACAAACGUCAUGCUACCCCAUACAAACCCUAGCGUUGGCGCGGCUUCAAACGCUCGCCUAUUCGAACUCGUUCGCAUUGCUCCCAGACCGACACUAAAGGCCAUUCUCGAGAUGAUGAUGACGAAGAAGGUACCCCUCCUUCUCCGAGUACAGAUCGGCUGA